AUGCACCAUUUGAUAGCUGACAAGACCGAAUACAAGCUAGUUGCGAUUGACAACAAUUGUCAAAGUUGGCAAACCAACGCAGACUCCAGCAAGGGGAGCGUCAACAGCAUGUGGCCGAUUGCUUUGUUGUACUCAAGUUGCCAGGCAUUAGGACAGUUUUUCUGUCGUGUAACCAAGAGUGAAAUCUGGGCAUUCUGUAAGUGGAGUGGAGGUGUGAUGCAGUCCAGGAAUAUUGCCAAGCUGUAUUACCAGCAUGUGUGUAGCUGGCUGCUCCUAUUCACAUUCUGUGGCGUGUUCUUGUAA